ACAAUGAAAAGACAUUUCUUAUCUGGAUUAAUGAAGAAGACCACACCAGGGUGAUCUCCAUGGAGAAGGGUGGCAACAUGAAACGGGUGUUCGAAAGGUUUUGCCGUGGCUUAAAGGAGGUGGAAAGAUUAAUUAAAGAACGGGGCUGGGAAUUCAUGUGGAAUGAGCGUCUUGGGUAUGUUCUGACCUGUCCUUCCAACCUUGGAACUGGUUUACGUGCUGGAGUUCAUGUUAAGCUGCCCAAGCUAAGCAAGGACCCUCGGUUUCCAAAAAUCCUGGAGAACCUGCGUCUGCAAAAGCGUGGCACUGGUGGCGUGGACACGGCUGCUGUAGCAGAUGUGUACGAUAUCUCCAACCUGGACCGCAUGGGUCGCUCAGAGGUGGAGCUGGUCCAGAUUGUCAUUGAUGGGGUCAAUUUUCUAGUUGACUGCGAGAAGAGACUGGAAAGAGGUCAAGACAUCAAAGUGCCACCACCACUGCCCCAGUUUGGCAGGAAGUGAUCAUGGUGGCAACUGAUGGUAAACACAGCUGCCAUUCUGAGCUGUAUAUCUCUGUAAAAAUAACUUGUGUAAUAAAACACUACCUGAUAC